AGAGGCCACAAAAAAAAAAAAAUGUCUCGCACCGCUCACCAUCCUGUUAGCAAAGCAUCCAAAAUUCAUCUCAACCCCCGGCGGACAAGCGCUUUGCGCCACCUGCCCGCGCCUGUCCCCCAUCUCCCACCACUGUCAUUUCUACAAUGCCGUCACCUCAGCACUUUGACUUUUUCCGAGACGGGGAGUGGAUGGAGGCACUUAUCGAGUCAAUUGGGCAACCCAUUCUGGAGCUCAAACAAGAGCGGGACAUGUGGAAGACGGCGGCACACGAAUACAAACGCGCCUUUGAGAUUCUAAGUGACCAGUUGCGGGAAUUCCAAGACAUCUGUUUUGCGACGCAAGCCGAACUAGAAAACGAGCGAAUGCUAAACAUUCGACGGCUGGCCGAGGCUAGCCUACAUUGCGACCGCAAAAGUGAGGAAUUCCAUGGCUACGGGAUCGCCGAUAUACAAGUCCGUCCCCAGCGUGACUCCACCUCUACUCUGGACACCAACUGGAUUCACAAUGACUGGCUGCCAACUUCCUUGGUCCGAACGCCUUCUCAUCACGUGAAUCAGUUGCUCAUCCAAGGUGAUAUACCCACCGCUCUGGCCGAGGUCGAUGUCCUCUUGCGUGGAACGCUCACAUUCGAGGCACGAGCUGAAACGCUCCUGCUCAAGAGUGCAAUAUUGCUUUCUUCUGGCUCUGAUUGGCUUUGCGAUGCGCUUGCCCAGUGUAGUGAGGCAUUGGAGUUGUGUGAUCGGCACUCUGCACUAGAGUCCUUUCUACCAAAAAUUCGCUUUCACCAAGGAGUUUGUUACUUUCGACUGAAGAUGUUCCAACAAGCCUUAAAUGCCUUCGAGGCCGUCGGGCCAACCGAUAUUUCCCAGGGUCGAGUGGCCACAUACAUGAGUCUAUGCAGAGAUGAAUUGGACGCCUUUAGCAUUAUAAAGCGCCGGUCUGCCUUUGAUGAGCAGCGGACAUAUACCGAAGGCUACGUUUCAAGAUUCAAGGAACAGGAACGUGUUGUGAGUUGAACAUGACCGCAAGAGCUUAAUCUCUAACACAGCCUCUACAGACUAGGCGGAGGCGACCAACUACACAAAUCAGUCUCUUUCCAGUGUCUAAGUCGUUCCGCCUUCCUCUUCCUUCUCGUUGGGUGACGA